AUGGCUACCAAUAUUGCAUUGGAAAAGUGGAAGAUUUAUCCCUUAAAUCUCUCAAGCAGUUAUAGAUUAUUUCUUUUUAACGCCACUACGCUUGAGAAGCACGUUGUUUAUCAACUGAGCAAGGUUGGGAAGUUCGGUGAGAUCUUUACCAAGUUUGACAGGAGGUCUGGCAAGGAGAUUGAGAAGGAGACAAAGUUCUUGAAGAACAGAGAUGUAGUUAUGGUGAAGAUGCUUCAGACCAAGCCCAUGGUUGUGGAGACAUUUUCUGAGUACCCUCCAUUAGGUCACUUUGUUGUUCGUGGCAUGCACCAGACUGUUGCUAUUGGUGUUAUCAAGAGUGUUGAGAAGAAGGAUCCCAGCGGUGCCAAGGUCACCAAGUCUGCUGCCAAGAAGAAGUGAACCAUUGUCAGUACUCAAAUUUUCACUCAC